AUGCUUUCCGCCAUGUUAUUGGCGAGUCGCGCAUUGCAUAACGCCCGGCGGCACGACACUUUCCCAAUCAAGCGUGCAGGCCUUGGCACAGCUGCCACUCACGUUCAGCAGCGCCUCCAGCAGCACCAUCUCGGCGUUGCGCACUGCUGGGUGCGAGAUGAGGGCCUCGAAGUAGCCUUGUGCGUCUUUGGGCCGGUGGACGACAAGAUUGACCACGUCCGGUGGGAAACCGGCAGCCCGGAACAUAUCUUCAACGGCGUGGUGGAUGCGGAGGCUUAG